AGCACUCUCUGUGUAGCUUAUUUGUUGUCAAAUCGGGAUAACUAACUAUUCCUAUGCUGUUUGUGUUGUUGAAAUUUUGAAAAUCGAGUAGAAAAUGCGUGCGGAAAAUAUUGAUAUACAAGCCAAAUCGCUGACUGACGGACUGCCCAUUUGUAAUUCGACUGGAACAGGCACGGCAACGAAUCAAUUGUACGAUGAAAAUGGGAGCACAGCAGGUGAACACCAUAUAUCAUAUGAUAACAGUUUUCAGUGUCAACAAUCCGAUCGCAUGUCGCUGUAUGUCAUCUGUUCUGGGAAUGGUUUUUCAAAAUUCGCUGAAGAAAAACUUGCGGCCGAAAUUCUUUUUGGACAGUUAAACGAUAGCGCACAUGAAGAUGUGAAAGAUGUACUUCGACAAGCGUUUGGCUCACUCGAAAGAGACUAUUUGAAUUGGAUUGACGAGUGUCUUACACAACAAGUUCAGAAUAUGGACCAAACAAGGCAUAGCAAUGAACAGGCAACUCUGCAGUCAUUUGCCGAUGAGAAAACCGUCUAUGGAAUCCAUAUAGCUCUGGCUUUGAUAUACAACUACAAACUGUACACUUGCAAUGUGGGCAAGUGUCGUGUCAUUUUGUGCAAAACGGAUAGCAGCAACGUUCUGCGAGCGGUCCAAAUGAGUGCUGGCUGUGAGAUUAACCAGGAGAACACAUAUGCAUGCGAAUCGAUAUUGUCACGAUUAGAAAUUGUCGGGCCAAUUCCAUUGGACGAUUCACAUCGAUUCUUGGUACUUAUGUCAUCUGGACUGUGUAAAGCGCUUCAAGAGGUGCACAACCACGAAGAGCAGAAUAUAAAUCGUGAACUGGUACAGAGCAUUGUGCAUUGUUUUCGAAUCAAACCAACACUUGCGGCCAUCGCACAAUCCGUUGUCGAAAAGAUUAUGUCACAGCAUCUGGCCCACUACAUGCAACGAACGAAUGAUGUGCAAUUCAGAAGUCGACCCGAUAUGACGUUAAUGAUACGAAAUUUCAACUAUCCAAUGCCAAACGAAAUUCGACCACAACAAAAUAGGGUCACAUUCAAUCCAAUAAAUCGAGAACAUGUACUGACCAAUCACACAAUGUCAUCGUCAUCGGAUCAAAGCAGUAGAAUGGAUACGACCAAUUCAAACUACACAAACAGUUCAACGACAACGUCUAGCUCCAAUCGCAGUGAUUUUUUCGAUAAAAACAUUCGAAUUAGCCCAUACGUUGACUUCACCGACUAUUACCGAAAUGUUGAGGCAGCACGACGAAACGGCACACUUCCACCAAAUAUUCGAUUUAGUUAGCAUAAAUAAUUUGCCCGUCUUCGAAUUGAAACGAACGGUUGAAACGAUUAAUUUGGUUGAUAUAUUUAUUGUUUUUGUUUUUUUUUUCGUAUUAGUUAUGGUUAAACGAAUUUCAUACGAGAGAAAAAAAAUAAUAUAAACCCGCAGCUAUU